AUGACCGACUUGUUGCCCGAGAAAAACGCCGAGUAUGGCACACAGAAGUACUGGGACGAACGGUACUCGAGGGAAGCCGACGACUCCUCUUUCGACUGGUGCAAAUCCUACCGCGACAUCCGCCACCUCGUCCACCGUUUCAUCCCUCACAAGGACGCACGGAUAGUCAUGCUCGGCUGCGGUAACUCGACGCUCUCGCGCGACAUGUACGACGAUGGGUACAGGAACAUUGCGAAUGUGGAUUACUCGAGUGUGGUGAUUGAGAAGAUGAGGAGGGUUAAUGCGGGGUGUGAGGGGAUGACUUGGACGGUAGGAGACGUCCGAGCACUGCCAUUCGAAGACCAAUCCGUCGACGUCUGCUUUGACAAAGCGACUCUCGACGCGAUGCUGACAAGCGAGAAGGAUCCCUGGAAUCCGCCAGCCGAAGCAGUCGAAGCCGUCAAAGGCGAGAUAGACGAAGUGAUCCGAGUCCUCAAGCCCUCCGGCACAUUCCUCUACUUUACGUUUGGACAACCGCAUUUCAGGAAACCGCUGUUGAGGAGAGAGGGGUGGACGGUUGAGUGUGAGGAGGUUGGAGAGGGGUUUGCGUACUACUGGUUCUGGAUGCGCAGACGUGAAAUACAGUUUUAG